AUGAUAGGAAUCUCCAGAUUUGCUCAUUCAAUUUAUCGUAGACUUUCAAAGAAUCCUUAUUUUUAUCAAAUUACACAUUCAAAUAAAGUAUAUAACAUGAUAAUGGAAAAAAAAAAUAUAAAAGAAUUUCAAAUAUUUUUAGAUAAAAGAGUUAAGAUAUUGAGUAAUAUUAUACAUUCAAAUGUUUUAAAUGGUAAAUUGAUAGAAGAAGCUAGAUUGAAGGAAUUAUUAUUAUAAAAUAAGAUUUGUGAAUAUAUUGAAGAUUUAAUUAAAAAUAAAAAGUAUUUCAUAGCAUAUAAAUUUAUGAAUGCAUUUUAAUAUGAAACUAUAUCAUAUUAAGUAAAUAUUAAAAUAUUAUAUUAGGAAUUAGUGCAUGAAAUGAAUACUAAUGAUAUGAAAUUAUAAUAUAAAAUUAUAAAAGAGCAGCAUUUAGUUGCAACAGAAAAUUAGAAGGUAUUAAAUCAUUUGAACAAUGAAUCUUUGAAAUUUUUUAUUUUUGUAUGAAAAUCAUUUUAAUACAAUAGAGAGCAGAAAUACCAAUUGAAAAAGUGGAAGAAUUAUUUCUAGGAGAAUAUACUAAAUUAUAAUUUUUGAUUGAGAAUUAUUUUACAACAAAUUAAUAAAUCGCCAUUGAAAUAGCCAAAAGAAAUAAUAUUCGAGUUCAAAAUCCUUAAAUAUAAUAAAGGAUUGAUAAUUGUAAUUAUGUUAAUCAAAAUGCAUUAUUACAAAAUGAUGAUUUUUGUAUUAAUUAUUUCAAUAUUCCUAGUACCAUCUGAGAUAAUAUUACAAACAAAAAAGAUUGAUUAAUUGAUACUUUUAAGUGAUUUCAAUAUUUUUAGAGAAGAUAUUUUUUUGAUUGAGGAUGAAGAUAAAUUAAAUGAUGAAAUCAUAGAUCAAAUUUUAAAUGCUUCUGAAACUGGAAUUGAUACAGAAAGCUUUUAAGAUAUACCUUAAACUAAAUUUACAUCUAAAAAUUAAGUUUGUUUAUUUUAAAUAGCUUUACCUAAAAAGAUUUACUUAUUAAAUACAACUAAUCUUACAAAUAGUAUCAAAUAUUAAUAAUUUUUAAUAAAAUAUGCAUCAAAUGAUAGUUUAAAAAUUGGAUAAAAUAUCAAAUUAGAUUUUUUAUCAUUAUUAGUUUAAAUAGGGAAAUAGGAUGUUGAAUUAAAAAAUUUUAUAGAGUUAUCACAAUUAUUUAGAUAGAAAUACCCAGAUGAAAAGAAAACUAAUUUAUCAUUGUAAUGUUAAAAGUUAUUGGGAAAAGAACUAGAUAAAGUAGAAUAAAUAUCACAUUGGUAAAAAAGACCAUUAAGAAGUGCUCAAAUUCAUUAUGCAGCAUUAGAUGCUUUUAUUUGUUUACAUUUACAUAGUCACUAUAAAUCAUGA